AUGUCCGCAGCACUCUUCCGCAUUGUUGGCUGGUCGUACCUCCCAGAUUUUGCAACAAAACAAGCUCUUCGUGUAAUUCACCGGACAUCUUCUAGCAUCUUUCACCGGCCUCCGCCUGAUCCACGAACACCUAUUUAUGCAUUACACUAUCGACUUACUUUUGCCACGGUUGUCCUUUGUUAUCUCAUCUAUAAUUUCUUGGAUGCUUCUGGACGUAUCACACACAACUUUUACGAGCUUCUCGGCGUAUAUCCGAACUCUAGCGAUGCUACCCUAAAAACGGCAUUUCGCGGAUUCGCAAGGAAAUAUCACCCAGAUCGAGCAGGUCCAUCAGGAGAAGCACUGUUCAUCGAGGUAAGAGACGCUUUUGAAGCCUUGAAAGACCCGGUGGUCAGGUUUGCGUACGACAGAUUUGGACCUGAUGUCCUGGAGUGGAAAGAGUGUACAACAAUGCGCGAGUAUCUCCGACGUGGGCUUCUGAGCUCAUCAUUGUACCACAUCAUGACUGGUGCUGGUCUCAUUCUUUUCUCAGCUAUCGGAAAGUCCAGUCCAAUAGCAGCAUGGCGUUAUCUUCUUUUCCUUUGCCUUUUCGCAUCCGAGCUUUAUCUCCUCCUUGCCCCCUCGCCCUCCACACUACCACCGAGCCCCUUUGUUGAUGCAUCAACCUCGCAUACCACAAUCCUCGAUGUUAUAUUUCCUAAACGGACUGUAUACCAGCAUAUUCUCCUCCUCCAUCAGGUCUUCUUUUUCCUUUCAGUUGCAUUGUCCCGUGUAGCUCCGGUCCUUUUUCCCUCGCUGAUGCGGGGAGAUCCUGUCAUGGAUCAGCAGAUCGUACGCGCUAUGGCUGAGAGACUUGGUGCGUUGGCAAAGACAACAGAACGGGAGUUUUCGAUUAUGCUGGAUACGGAAUUGCUCGCAAUCCACGAAACGCCUAUGGCCACUUCUGAGUUGAGCACGCUACCUCGGCCGCGUGAGAUGCUCAACAGUGAUAUCAUGCAUACUUUGACCAUGGAAAUGGAAGAUGUCGUUGUGGAGAACAAGCUGAAGUCGGAAGUCGGGCCUGUGAAGACUGCAUGGGACUUGGCUGUUGACAAAGAGAUGAAGAGAGUUCAAGAUCAGCAAUUACAAGAAAUAGUGGAUAAACUGCCGUCACCACCUCCAGAAACAGGUCGAGGGAAGAUACACGUCCGCGCUCGAUCUUUAUCAUUUUAA